AUGGUUUCAGAGAUGAAGGUUGAAGUCAUUCACAAGGAAACAAUUGAACCAUCCUCUCCAACUCCUCACCACCUUAAAAAAAUCAAACUCUCUGUUUUUGAUCAGUUUCAACCCGAAAUUUAUACCCCACUACUUCUCUUCUAUCCCAGUACUAGUGAUGAGGGCAAUAUUGAUCACAAAUCUUUGUUUGCUGAAAAAUCCAAGCUUCUAAAGAGAUCAUUAUCUGAAGCCCUCACUCAUUUUUACCCCUUUGCAGGGGAAUUCGUAUAUAAUGCCUCGAUCACCUGCAAUGACCACGGGGCUGCAUUUCUGGAAGCGCAAGUCAACUGUCCCAUAUCGAAGAUUUUGGAGAAACCCGAUUUUCAGGUCCUAAAUCAAUUUCUUCCAACCGCUAUAGAAUCCAAACAAGCCGAAGCAGGCUAUAUUCUACUAGUUCAGGCCAGCUUGUUUGAAUGUGGUGGAUUGGCAAUUGGAGUCAGCAUUCUACAUAAGGUCGCCGAUGCCUCUACCCUCAGCGCAUUCAUCAAAAGAUGGGCUGCAAUUGCACUUGGCUCGGCAAGUACUACUGAUCAUGUAGAAUUUGGUGUUGCAUCUUCUCUUUUCCCUCCCCUGGAUUUCUUCAGCUCACCCCAGUUUUCAAUGAUACUUUCUAACAAAAACUGUAUAACAAAGAGAUUUGUAUUUGAUGCCUCAAAGAUUGCUGCUCUCAAGUCCAAAGCUGCCACCACAGUGCCAAACCCCACACGGGUUGAAGUAGUGUCUGCGCUCAUUUGGAAAUGCAUAAUACAAGCAUCCAGAUCAAAGUUGGGUGUUAUAAAGCCAUCUAUGUGGUGUCCGGUUGUGAAUAUGCGCAAGAGAUCGCCACGGGGCUUGGCAGAAAACAUAUUGGGGAAUUUUGUGUGGGUGUUUGCAGCAAUGGCAAUGGAAAGUGAGGUAAAAUUUGAAAGCUUGGUUGUUAAACUCAGGAAAGGCAUUGAGCAGUACAAGGAAAAGUAUCCGAAUGGUGUUACUGGUGAGGAUAUAUUUCAAGCCAUUAAAGGGUCUGGCAACCUCACGGAAAGGGAUGAUUUAGAAACCAAUAGUUGCAGCAGCUGGUGUAGGCUUCCCUUGUACGAAACCGAAUUUGGAUGGGGAAAGCCAUCGUGGGUGAGUACUCGUAGUACAGUCAAGAAUACAAUUAUGUUGAUGGAUUUGAGCGAUGGGGAAGGCAUAGAAGCGUCGGUGACGUUGAAAGAAGAAGACAUGACCAUAAUUGAAAGCAAUGAGGAGCUGCUUGCAUACGCUUCUCUAAAUCCAACUGUCAUUUAA